UCCGCCGCCCCCGGGGCCGCGCUCCCGGGCUCCGCUUUCUUCGGGCUACCGCCGUUCCGCUCGGCGGUGGCCCGCGGGAGGAGACAGCGCCCCUCCUAUCAUCGCUCCCUCGCUCCCUCCCUCCCUCGCUGCUGGCGGCGCGAAGCCGACAUUUUGGGGCGGCUCAGCGGCCAUGGCGACGGGCCGGGGCAGAAAUAGGCUAAGGACAUUUGCUACCAGGCCUGGGGAAUGUUCUGAAACUGUAAAUGCUGGAAUUAAAAGUCUGUAUUUGACGCCUGCUCUAAAACGGAAACCAAGGGUGUGCAUUGAGAGCAUGCCAUCAGAAAUGCUACUGAAGAUAUUUUCGUAUUUGGAUGCUGUGUCCCUGUUGUCUGUCGGUUGUGUGAAUAAACUCUUCUAUGAUCUGGCUAAUGACAAUGGAAUUUGGCUGAAAAUCUAUUCCAGUUGUUUGCAGCCAAAAAGGACAACUUGGAAAAUGAAGUCUGAACAAACAGAAGCUGUUCCCUUGGGCUGUGCUGCUCUACAUGAUAAAAAGCCUGGGUACUGGAAGAAAGAAUACAUCUUGAAACAAACAGCUGCUGUCAAAACUAGAGUAAUGCGACUUGCUAAACCUCUAGAUCCUUAUACGGGUCUUCCGUGUAAAAACAAAGUAGCUAUGAAACUCUCUGGCUUGAGUUGGAUAAUUGUUCUAAAGGACAAAAAUGGAAAAGAACAUGUAACGGAGAAGGCAAACCUGUCAUUUAAGCACACAUCUGUUACCAUACUUUGGUAUGGUACAAACUGGCCGUGCUUAGACGUCGUGUCAACCCUAAAACUAUUUGGAGUUACACCGUUGCUUCUUGACCAAAAUAUGCCUCCCAACAAGAAUGGGUGA